CUUCUCCUCCUCCUCUCUCUUCUUCUUCCUUUUCUUCUUUACCCUCUCCUCUCUUUUUGCAUUUGGUCACUACUUUGUAACGUAACUCAAUUCCAUUGAUACAUAAACCAUGGCUGCCUCUCUUAUCCGUACCUCUGCCCGUACCGCUCUUCGCGCUGGAGCUUCGGCUGCUCCCAAAGCUGCGGGUGUUGCGGGUUUGACCUUUGCCCGUGGCAAGGCCACUUUGCCUGACCUGGCUUAUGACUAUGGCGCCCUUGAGCCAUCUAUCUCCGGAAAGAUAAUGGAGCUUCACCACAAGAACCACCACCAGACCUAUGUCAACAGCUACAACACCGCCGUCGAACAGCUCCAGGAGGCCGUCGCCAAGGAGGACAUCGCCGCCCAGAUCAACCUCAAGCCCCUGAUCAACUUCCACGGUGGUGGCCACAUCAACCACACUCUUUUCUGGGAGAACCUUGCCCCUAAGAGCCAGGGUGGUGGUGAGCCCCCAUCUGGAGCUUUGGCCAAGGCCAUCGACGAGAGCUUCGGCAGCUUGGGAGAGUUCCAGGGCAAGAUGAACGCCGCCCUCGCUGGCAUUCAGGGAAGUGGAUGGGCUUGGCUCGUCAAGGACAAGCAGACCGGAAACAUUGGCAUUAAGACCUAUGCUAACCAGGACCCUGUCGUUGGCCAGUUCCAGCCUCUUCUCGGUAUUGAUGCUUGGGAGCACGCCUACUACCUUCAAUACCAGAACCGCAAGGCCGAAUACUUCAGUGCCAUCUGGGACGUCAUCAACUGGAAGGCCGUUGAGAAGCGCUUCGCGUAAGCGUGCAAAAAGUGUUGUGAUUUAACGCAGCUUGAUGAGCGGUUUGUUUCAGUUGUGUCCAGAGUGAUACUGUGUAAUGUGUGAUCAGGCUGUACUUGUAGCCCUAAUGCAAUUGGAUACGCCUUGUGUAUAUAUAACUACCCCUACUACUACUACUACUACUCCGUACUAGUAAUUAUUUUGCGGGGAGAAGGAAGCUUGCACCAGCCACAGUGGCUAGAUUUAAAUCACAUGCUCCCGUAGCAUUCCCGCAGUUUCCGGGAUGCUUAUUUUCU